UGAUAUAAUAAGGUCAAAGUCCCUUCCUCCACUUUUGAAAGACGCCUCCAGCUGCUUCUGCUGCUUCUCCUGCUGCUGCUGCUUCUUCUUUCUCCGGCGGCACAUAGAAGUCACCAAGUAACCAUGGCGGACGAAGAUUACAACGAUAUGGACAUCGGGUACGAGGAUGAGCCAGUAGAGCCAGAGAUUGAGGAAGGCGCAGAGGAGGUAGAGGAUGCGGAGAAUGCUAACGACGAUCUUCCAGGCGAUGCCAUUGAAGUUGAUGACAAAGAAGAAGAAGCACCGGUGGAACGACCGCGCAGAACAUCCAAAUUUAUGACCAAAUAUGAACGUGCUAGAAUAUUGGGUACUCGUGCUGUGCAGAUCAGCAUGAAUGCCCCUGUGAUGGUUGAGUUGCAGGGCGAGACUGACCCACUUGAGAUUGCUAUGAAGGAGCUUCGUGAGCGGAAGGUGCCCUUCACCAUUCGCCGCUACCUGCCUGAUGGAAGUUACGAAGAUUGGGGAGUAGAUGAGUUGAUUGUGGAAGACUCGUGGAAGAGGCAGGUGGGAGGUGAAUGAUCAUCAUCGAUGCAUGAAAAAUGGUCCGAUGUUGGUAUUUUAUCAAUAAAUUUCCCGUGAAGAUCUGCUUCUGUUGACUUGUAACAUUUGUAACAUUCGUAACAUUUUACCUAUAAACUUACAUGCUACGAGACCUUUUCUAUCUGUCGUAUGUAAAUGUUUUGAUAUACCGUUGAGGACAUAGAAAUUUAAGUAUGUUUUAAGGAA